UGUUUGCUAUGUCUUUCACGUUCCAUACCUGAGACAUUGACUUGAAGAACACUGUUACAGCUCUUCACUUCGAAAGAGUCAAAGAUGUCUUGUGCGACAAUGUUAAAUACGACAAAACUCUUUCGACGUGGCAUAGCAUUAGCGACGAAAACGCAAUCUAAUCGACAUGUGGGCAAAUUCAACCAACCUCCUCAAAAACUAUGGAAGGAGACGAAUCUGUCUAUUUGUAGUGGACGUGGAAGAAUAAUUCCCUUUGCCCAGUUAAGCCGAGAGCUGUCAAAGCAGCCGUUGCGUUUGAAAAAGAUGCCAACGGACUAUCCAUUGUUGACUGGUUCAGAUCACUGGAAAAGAAAGAUUCGCACGAUGUUCAAGGCCGUAGAUACCACGGGUCAGGGAUACAUCACCAAAGAGUCCAUGGAGCUCACUGCCAAGCGUGCUGCCCAGUACUUGGAUCUGAAUGAAGAACAAGCUGAGAAUCAUAUGAAUCUUCGACUCGAUAUUUGGAGAAAAUUCGUAAGUCGAGGUUCAGAUGACAAUAUCAGAACAUCAGAGAAUGAAUUCGUUCAGAAUCACUUGCUCACGUUUAAUGACAGCAAAAUUCGCGAAAACUUAGCUGAUUACCUUGCCGUUGAAUUCAUUUCCAUAGACGCCGAUGCCGACGGAUAUAUUUCACCCAGAGAGCACGCCGCUUAUUUCUACGGGAUUGGUAUUCCCACAGAGUACUCAAAACCUAUGUUUGACAUCAUGGACACAAAUAAAGAUGGCCUCAUCUCCCAGGAAGAGUUCCAGCAGGCUCAAGAGGAAUUUUGGCUUACCGAAGAUGAAAACAAUAUUUAUAAUGAAUUCCACGGUCCUCUUGUUGAUUGAAUGCAACAUACCCCAGUAUAAUUC